GAGCCUUGUCUGUGUGAGUCAGUUGGUAGGCUUCCUGCUCAGGGCUUCAGCCUCCCUGCACUCAGGAGGGAGAGACUGGAGGGAUCAGAAGCCAGGCAGUUCCCGGGACAGAGCGAUGGCCAGUGGGGGCAGCGACCUCAGCACCAGAACAUCCUCAGGAGACCAGAACAGAAGCCACAUGCAAGACCAUGAGGCUGCUCUCGAGCACUUCAGAAAAUGUAAGGUGGACAUUUCAGAUGCAAUACAACGUCCAUUUCCUUUUUUUGAACUUCUCCGUGACCGUGGAUUCAUCACCAAUGAAACAUAUGAAGAGUCUCGUAGAAAACGGAAUUCUGUACAAGAAGUGGUGUACGAUGUUCUCACUGAAUUGGAGGAAAAAUUUGACCUGUCACUUCUAAGAGAAUUGUUCAGCAAAGUCAUGAUGAAGAAUUACCCCAAUUUAAAAUGCAUUUAUAAAAGCUUCAGAGAUGUGAUACUAGACAAAAAUUUUUUCCCAGAAAUUGAUGAUGAAGAAUUGGAGGAGAGGUCUGCUAUCGAACCAAACAUGGAACAAGGUGAUUGCGACCACAUAAAAAUUGAAUCUCCUGAUAAGAACAAAGGAGAAAGGGAGGUGGGGUCCUGAGUCCUGAGUGGAGAC